AUGACUAAGUUUCUGCCCCAGGCCCCACUGGGCAUAAAAAGCCCCGUCGCUGUCAACUCCACCUCCAUUGCGCCUCAGCUAUCAUGUGUGGAAUUUUUUUUCUCCUUGUCAACAAGGGCCACACAGCCAAAUCGAGAAACCAGAGACUUGCUGAAAAAGCGCGGUCCGGACAGCACACAGACCCACACGGUGUGCAGGGAAGUCAAGACACAAGAUGCAGUGUCCCAGCCAUUACAGCAUCUCACCUUUAUCUCGACGGUGCUAUCACUCAGAGGUGAUCAUGUUUACUCACAACCAUUAAUAGAUUCAUCAACCCAAUCUGUGCUCUGUUGGAAUGGGGAAGCUUGGAAGAUCGGCGGCGAACCAGUCAGCGGCAAUGAUACUGAACGCGUUUUCAAUUUGUUCUUGCGGGCCGUGAAAAGUGAUGAAUAUAAUACACCUCAAAGAUUCGCUGAGUCUGUCGCAACUAUCUCGGGCCCCUUUGCGUUUGUGUUCUAUGACGCGAUCAAUGCGCGACUCUUCUUCAGCAGGGACUGUCUCGGCAGAAGGUCUCUCUUGCAGGGUUUUGAGGAAGACGGUAGUCUCAAGAUAUGCAGCGUAUGCGACGGAUCUUCCUCGACAGUAUUUGACGAGGUAGGCUUUGCUGGAAUCUACAUGAUCAAUCUUGAUGCAGAUCGAGAGACAUCCGCAUCUCCCAAGGAUCAGUACAAGAUUGAGACUUUGCCAUGGAGCUCUGAUCCUGCUCCGCCUGCUGGUCAUAUUAAGAAUCCAAUUCCGCCAAUGAAUAUGUUGGUCCCACCAGAGCAACCGCCAGCAUUGUUACAAGAGACUUCAUCUGUAAAGGCAUUGGAGACAAGGCUGCGUCAGUCACUUGAAAUAAGACUGCGAGAUGUGCCAACGCCUCCUGGCUAUGUUUCAGGGAGCAGUGCCAAAGUCGCAGUGCUCUUUUCAGGGGGCUUGGACUGCACCCUUUUGGCUCGUCUCUCACAUGAUCUCUUACCAAGCAACGAACCGAUCGAUCUUCUGAAUGUCGCAUUCGAGAACCCUCGAGUCACGGCAGCAGCAAAUUUGAACUCAAAACAACAGAAGACUUCAUCGACAUCGCCAUCACCAUCGCCCAUCUCUGCCUAUGAGGCCUGUCCUGACAGAAUCACAGGCCGUUCCGCAUUCGCAGAGCUCCAAAAAGCGUGUCCUGGGCGAAUUUGGCGUUUUAUUGCCAUUGACAUUCCCUACGCCGAAACAUUAUCACAUCGAGACCAGGUCAAACGUCUCAUGAGACCCCACAAUACAGAAAUGGACCUCUCCAUCGCAUGCGCCUUGUACUUUGCAUCUCGCGGCCAAGGAACCAUCCACAUCCCCAACACAGACCCAGAACCUUACAUAACCUCGGCGCGCGUUCUCCUCUCAGGACUCGGAGCAGACGAGCUCUUCGCCGGGUACGGCCGCCAUGGUAUCGCCUUCAACCGUGGCGGCUUUGAGGGCCUCAUUUCUGAGAUCAAUCUCGACGUGAGCCGACUCGGACAACGCAAUCUUGGCCGCGACGACCGCGUUCUUUCUCACUGGGGGCGAGAAACUCGCUUCCCAUUCCUAGACGAAGAUUUCGUCGCGUGGGUGCUUCGCGCGCCGGUUUGGGAGAAAUGCGGCUUCGGACUUGCUGAACUGCCAGACUCCGAUCCAGAGGCACAGACGAUUGCCACGCUCGACAAAGAGAAAAUGGCACUACGGCUUGUGGCUCUGCGACUGGGCUUGCAAAGCGUUGCUCGGGAGAAAAAGCGCGCUAUCCAAUUUGGUGCGCGAACAGCCAAGAUGGAGACAGGCCGUACGAAAGGCACCGAUACCCUGAUAUAA